AUGGACAGGUUCGACUUGGCGUCGACCUCCUCGCUGACACAUUACGAACACCAAGCCACCUUGGCUCAUACAAAUGACCAUUCGCGGAGCCGACCCUUCGAGAUACAUGCACUCAACAUCUCGAGGUUAGCUGUUUUCGCCAGUUUCCACUUUCUCAAUUCACGUAAAGCAAACACAUCAACUCCAGCUUGGUACAACUUUUCAUUCUGGCCUCAAGACCUGCCCCCAUGUUCGUCAGGUCAAGCAUGUGUCCUCGGGGGCCCAUCCCCACCGAACCCGGCAACCAAUCAACGCUCGCUUCCUCCCAUUUUUCCCUUGCCAUGCAACCUUAACUGUGUCCAAGUAAAACGGAACAGGGCUAUCGUUGAUAAAUGGGUCACCAUGCGUCCCACUUUGCGCUUUUCUAUCUUUCUCUCCCACUCUCUUACUCUCUCUCUCUCUCUCUCUCUCUCUCUCUCUCUCUUUGUACAUGGAGGGUCCUUCGCCCGUCCGGAGGCCCGGUUGGUUCCCCACUAUGCCCUAAACAUGGCCCGAAUUGUGAGAUGGGUCUUUAUUCUACGUAAGAUGGUUACAGAGACGGAGAACAACCAUAAACGGAAAGCUUGGCUUUGGUCGUUAGGGCCGUUAGUUGCCGUUGCAAUACGAUGUAAAGGAAUUAAAAUCAAGGGGUUUCAUACGAAAUGGCUGGUUGAAAGAUUAAUGCAUAAAGCAGAAAGUGUGUUUCAUUACCAGGCCACUAAGCAAGGUCCUAGCCAUAGAAGUAUGAAGUCGUCCCUAUCUUCAUGCGAAACCAAAGGAAUUAUAAAUGCAAUUUUUAAUGCAUUUCAGUUUAAUUUUAAUAUCGGGAAUAAAAUCGGCCGGCAUGUUGUUAUAAAUUGA